AUGGUAGUAAUUCCCGACGAAGAUCUAGAACUUCAGCCAGAAGAAGUAAAUGAAGAUGACAAAGAUGAUGAGCUCAGCUACGACGAACUGAAGCUGCGCAUGCGGAAGGACCGGUGCCGGCUUCGGAAGAUGGAGGACGAGCGCGAAAGGAUCUGUGUUUCCGGCCCCAAACCAACUGAACUCUGGCUAGAGAGAUCUCGCCGAAAAAAGUUAAGUAGGUCACAAAACACUAUCCUAAAGCAUAUGACGAAGAUAAUGGAAGUCUGCAAAGGGAAAGGAUUCGUGUACGGAAUCGUGCCGGAGAAGGGGAAAUCGAUGACGGGAUCUUCCAACAGCCUCCGCGGGUGGUGGACGGAGAAGGUAAAAUUUGAGCAUAGCGCCCCUAGCGCCAUUUCCAAUUGCUUAUUACCCGUGAUGAAUCAAAUAUCCUCCUCCUCCUCCUCAUGCAUCCAUUUGCUUCAAGAAUUACAGGACAAAACAUUAGGUUCAUUGAUAUCUGCCUUAAUGCCACAUUGUUACCCUCCCCAAAGGAGGUUUCCUUUAGAGAAGGGGUUAUCACCGCCUUGGUGGCCUAAUGGGCUUGAAAUAUGGUGGGGCGAACAAGGGAUUAUAGCCGGAAAACAAGGUCCACCAGCUUAUAAGAAGCCACAUGAUUUAAAGAAGGGAUGGAAGGUGUCUGUUUUGGCUGCUAUAAUAAAGCAUAUAAGCCCUGGUUUCAGUAGAAUGAGGAAUUUGGUUAGUCAGUCAAAGUGUUUGCAAAGUAAGAUGACUGCAACUGAGUCAUCCACUUGGUCAAUAGUAGUUAACCAAGAAGAGACCGUUUUGAAUCUCAACAACAAUACCUCUUCUAAUUUACCAACAACAACAAAAGAUGAUCAACAACUUGUGUUUUUUGGUGACAAAAGGAAGCGCCAAAACUCAGAACCCAGAUUCAGUUUAAAAGAAAUUCAUCAGGAGAGAACAGAGUCUGUUUAUGAUUACCCUCCUUAA